AUGGCGUUUUCAAACUCAGAAAAGAUAUGGAUUUUCCCUUUAGCAAUGGCUUCUCUGAUGGCUUCUUUCAUGCUCAUAUUCCUUACAGUUGUAUCCUUCAACAUGGGUCUCCUCUCUUCUGCUCGUUCCAUUAACUCACUCAUCUUCUACGCCAAUCUAUCAACCACAAACGAAACAACCAUCAAACUCCUAGAGUCAGAUACCAACCAGUCAUCUUCACAUCCUCCUCAAGUACAGUCUAGUCCUCGCUUUGGUUAUCUUGUUUCAGGGUCAAAAGGUGACUUAGAGAGUCUAUGGAGAGUAUUAAGAGCACUGUACCAUCCAAGAAACCAAUACGUUCUUCAUCUCGAUCUUGAGUCUCCUGCUGAAGAAAGGCUUGAGCUAGCUAAACGUGUAAAGGAAGAUCCUGUUUUUAGCGACGUUGGUAAUGUUUACAUGAUCGAAAAAGCUAAUCUCGUUACAUAUACUGGACCAACAAUGGUGGCCAAUACGCUUCAUGCAUGUGCCAUUCUCUUGAGGCAGAGUAAAGAUUGGGAUUGGUUCAUCAAUCUCAGCGCCUCUGAUUAUCCUCUAGUGACUCAAGAUGAUCUCAUACAUACAUUCUCCGGGCUGGACAGGAACCUAAACUUCAUCGAUCACUCUAGCAGACUAGGCUGGAAAGCGGUGCAUCGAGCAAAGCCUGUGAUCAUAGACCCGGCGCUUUACUCGACAGAAAAAUCAGAUAUCUUUUGGGUUUCUCCUAAUAGAACAUUGCCAACUGCAUUCAAACUAUUCACUGGUUCUGCUUGGAUGGUCUUAUCUCGGUCCUUUGUAGAAUAUUGCAUCUGGGGAUGGGACAAUCUCCCACGGACUCUGUUAAUGUAUUACACUAAUUUCGUCUCUUCACCGGAAGGUUAUUUCCACACAGUGAUAUGCAACGCACCAGAGUAUUCUACCACGGUGGUUAACAGUGACCUGCAUUACAUCUCAUGGGACAAACGUCCAAAACAGCAUCCUCUCACGCUCAACAUCAGUGACACAGAGAGGAUGAUUGCAAGCGGAGCUGCGUUUGCUCGCAAGUUCGAAUGCAAUGAUCUUGUUUUGGACAAGAUUGACACAGAGCUGCUCGGUAGAGGGAAUGGGAGCUUUACACCUGGUGGUUGGUGUGAAGGCGAACCGAACUGCUCAAAGGUUGGUGAUCCGUCAAAGAUCAAUCCUGGUCCUGGCGCUAGACGGAUAAGUGGGCUUGUUAGCAGACUUGUCUCGCCAUCUAAACUCACUCAAAGGCAGUGCAGAUAG